AGAAGUCUUCCGAGAUUCAGAGGAUAUUAAUUUCAAUGACAUCGCAACCUAGGCUAAAUUGGCAUUAUCUUGUUUGUUUUAUUUUAGUUUCAAAUUCUUGGUAGUGAUGAAGAUUGCGGUGCUUGAAGAAUGCUCGCAGAAUCGGUGAAGAUGACGGUGUUGUGAUGCUCUGUCAUCACGUUGUUCAGUGCAAAAAGGAUCGCCAUGGCUUCGGCAGAGAAAAUAGAACAUUCCAUCGGGAGUUUCCUGGCCACUGAUUUUGAUUCACCGAAACCAACGCUAUGAGGUUAGAUAUGUAUCUGUUCCCCUACCACACCGGAAGGCGAACUGUUGGUUCAGAUGAUGGUUACUUUCAAGGUUGAUGCAGAUUUUGCCAACAUACUCAGUGAUGCAAACACGUCUUGCCUAUUUACGGAAUGGGAAAAUUAUGCUGAUUCUUUUCUUGAAUAUGUGAAACACUCCACUAUAAAAGACAAAUUUUGUAUAAAUCUUUUAUACCAGCUGGAAUCCGAGAACUUACAAACAGAUUACCGUCAUUAUAUCGUUGCAUCAUUGUUCCACGCUGUUAUAAAACCGGUGAGAAACUCUGCCAAUAAAUUACCGACUAUAGUUCAAGCACAGAACGACGUAUGUACUCUAGUUUCAUGCAACGAGGAGUACGCAGAUGCAACUGCAAAGCUGCGCGAAAAUACACAGAAAGUGAAAGAUUCUCUGCCCCCGCGAAUUUUCAUCAUCAAGAAUACUGACCAAAUUACAUUUUCCGUGGUUUACAAUGGACUAGAAUAUAUAUUGCCGUCAUUUCUUCGUCUUGUUGAUGUAGCGUUGAAACUCACAUUCGUUUUGGACCUGCCGUUCACAGAGAGUGCAGUAUUAUUUUGGGGUUUUAUUUCCCGCUAUUUUUAUAAAAUAGUCUUUCGAAAACACGCACAAAACAAACAAAUCUUACUGUUAGAGCAAUUUCUCCAAAACAGGCAGAAUGAACAUUGUAUGAAUUAAGAUAAUCUGUGAUAGUCAUGGCACCUAUCAUAGGACUAUAUAUUUUAUCCGCUGUGUGCAGCUCAUUCAGUUUAAAAUAACAAGUGCUAUAUGCAUAAACACCCGUUUAUUGAUACACUAGUCUAUCAAAAACACGAAUACUGACGAUGGAAGACGGUCUGGUAUGCUUCAAAUGUGAUGACGUUUUUCAUCAAGCCGAAACAUAUUUCGAACAUCUUACUGGAAUUCACGGAUCGUUGCCAUAUUCUACUUACCAUUGUACAGUGUGCGUACCCCGCACUGUUUUCCAGUCGAUAUAUUCAUUUAAACGACAUAUGUUAAAACAGCAUUCUACAUCGUUCAAAAACUUCAAAUUGACUGAACAACAGGAUCUGUUUAUUCAGAAAAGUAGUGCCAUCAUCGCUGAACAACCUGGUCCAUCAUCAGUAACAUUAAGCCCAGUAAAUGUACAAACGUUAGAAAUAUCUGCCGACAAUGAAGAAGAAAUUAUGGAAAUCAGGAAUACGCUCAGGCAAAAUUUUUUAAAUUUUACUCUAAAUCUUUACGCUAAAAAAAUAUUACCACGAAAGCAAGUUUUAAAUUUACAACAAUCGACUACAUCAAAUAUUGUAGGACCUAUAAUAAAUGCCUUUGAACAGGUUAGUCAACUUACAGGUAGUCCAAAUGUUAAAAAUUUGCUAUGGGAUUUGAAAGAUCCAUUCGAAUUUAUUAGGACAGAGCACAGGUUUAACUCAAAGUUGAAAAGUUUAGAAUUAACAGAAGAACCACGUGUAUUAAAAUAUGUGGACAAAGACGGUAACGGACAAGUAAAAGGUUGUCUCACACCAAUCAAAUUUCAAAUAAAAAAACUGUUUGAAACGAAGAGUAAUCUGAGUAUUACACUUGAUAAUAUGAAUACUUUGGAGUCCCAUCAAAAUAUUUCGAGUUUGAUUAAUGGGUAUGCAUGGAAGACUAUAAAAAGCGAGUACAAAGAUAAAUUAGUUAUACCAUUUCAUCUAUUUUCGGAUGACGUCGAGAUUAAUGAUGCAAUUGGUGCUCAUUCCGGUGUACAAAAAGUGUGCGGUUUAUAUUAUAACUUCCCUACUAUGCCCACAUAUUUAAAUUCUCGUCUGGCUAAUAUUUUUGUAGCUGGCUUCCUUAAAAGUAAUGCUAUUUCACAGUUAGGACCAUCAGAAUCGCUAAAGGAGUUGAUAGAUAUAUUUGUAGAUUUAGAAACAAAUGGUUUAAAUCUAAAACUAAAGGGAAAAACAGUUAAAGUAUAUUUUGUUCUAGUUAGCUUUUUGUGAGAUAACCUCGGAAUUAACGUUCUUUCAGGGUUUGCUCCAUCAUUCAGUUCGAUGUUUUUCUGUCGUUUUUGUAAAACUAAUAAGUAUAACGCUCAAAUACAAAUUAUAAUAGAUGACACGUUGAUAAGAACUGUCGAAAAUUACAAUGAAGAUAAACAUAGAGACUUCAAGGAAACAGGAAUCAAAGAACCGUCAGAUUUAAAUAAGCUUACUUGUUUUCAUGUUGUAAACAACCAAGUGGUUGAUAUCAUGCAUGAUUUUUUUUCGCAUGGCAUUUGCAAUUAUGAUUUGGCUAUCAUUUUAGAAUACAUGAUUGUAAAAUUGAAAAUUUCGCUCAAAAAAAUUAAUCACUGUAUUCAAGUCUUCGAUUUUGGACCCACGGAAAAUAGAAAUAAGUUUCGUAAAAUUACAAGGCAGCACAUAUCUAAAGUAGCUUUCAAGAUGACUGCUCGCGAGAUGAUGAUGUUUAUUCAUUACUUCCCGCUGCUUUUUGGUACACUUUUUCCUUUAAAAGAUAAGGUUUGGGAUUUUGCUUGCUCAUUAGUAGAAUUGGUUGAUUCAAUACUGUUACCUAGGUAUACAACAGAAAUUCUAGAUGCUUUGCAGGAACAAAUUGUAUAUCAUCAUACCUUAUAUUUAAAACUUUUUAAAACUAAAUUAAAACCCAAAUAUCAUAUAGCGUUACAUUAUGUACAAUCAAUCAAACAUGUAGGUCAUAUCCGCUAUAUUUGGUGCUUCAGAUUUGAAGCAUUUCAUCAAAUAUUCAAACAAUAUUGUAGAAACAUAACGUCCCGUGUUAAUAUUUGUCUAACCCUUUGCAUUAAAGCUGGUUUAGUAUUUGCAAAUAAUUUGAAAGACAAUAAUUUCAUUCCACCCAUUAUAAAAUACACCAAAACUAGGAAAAUUAUUGCUUCCGAACUUAGAAAUUUUUCAUUACUUGAAAACAUUUAUAAACUUCCUACUUUAAAUAUAUCUACUUGUAAUUUAGUAACAUACAAAGGGACAGAAUAUCGAUUGGGAUAUUUUUUAACAAUUUCAUCGAUCAACAUGAACAAUGGACAACUCAUGGUAAUUUUAGAACUGAUAAUAUGCGGCGAAGAAUUGUUUAUAUCAUGCAAAGAAUGGUUGAUUCAGGGCUAUAUACAUACUCUUUGUUCUUUUGAAAUCAUGGGAUAGCCUUUCCAGAUAUGUUAUAUGCAAAGCAGAAGAAUUUGAUGGACCCCCAAUACAUGUGUACAAAAUUAACAAUAAACAGUUAAUAAGAUUAAAAAAAUAUUAUUAGGUUACGUACAGGACUAUUUGGAGAAAUGUCUGAACAUUUCAAAAUGAAAUAAAUCUGUGACUUCGAAACAGCGGCUAUCUAUAGAUAUGCUUAUUUGUAACAGCAGAAGAAACCACUAAGAAACAUAUUGUUCGAUAUUAUAUAAUAUAACCAACUUAUGUUAUUUUAUAAGAAAAGAAAACAAUUCCAAAAUGUAACAUUCUUGUUAAA